UUUACAGUUCUUGCAGGGUUUAUUACGUGCAAAGAACUUCAAUGUAUGCAAAAUUUGGCCUUAAUUUGCCAUAAGAAAUUGUUAGUUGUGGCAAUUUAAUUAAAAAUUUGAUAGAUAUGAAAUUUUGAUGACAAAAAAUUGUGAAACACAAAGAAAGGAGAGAGCCAACAUUGAAAUAUUCAAACCCCGUUGGAGGGUUCAACAAUGUCUGCCGGAUCAAUCGAAAUCCCACUUCGGGAUACUGACGAGGUCAUAGAGCUUGACCUUGAUCAGCUACCUGAAGGGGAAGAGGUCCUUGGCAUCUUGAAACAAGAGACUGCACCAUUACACAUAUGGGUCACACUCGCUCUUGAAUAUUACAAACAAGGCUUCACAGAUGACUUCGCUAAGAUCCUCGAGGCCUCAAGGUCAGAGUCGGAAAUCUCGUACCAGGGAUCGGAAAAAGAUCAGAUGCGAGCUAUCGACACUCUGGCAGCGUACUAUGUACAAUGGGCCCAUAGAGAGAAGAAUAAAGACAAAAAGAGGGACUUGUACACACAGGCCACUCAGCUCUAUACCACAGCUGAUAAGAUCAUCAUGUACGACCAGAAUCAUUUACUUGGUCGUGCCUACUUCUGCCUCCUGGAAGGAGAUAAGAUGGACCAGGCAGAUGCCCAGUUCAACUUUGUCUUGAAUCAGACAAGCAGUAGUAUACCUGCUUUGUUGGGUAAAGCCUGUAUUGCGUUCAACAAGAAAGACUACAGAGGGGCACUUGCAUACUAUAAGAAAGCAUUGAGAACCAACCCCAAGUGUCCGGCUAAUGUUCGUCUAGGGAUGGGACAUUGUUUUGUCAAGCUUGGAAAACCAGAAAAAGCAAGGCUAGCAUUUGAGCGAGCCCUAACCUUGGAUCCCCAGUGUGUCGGAGCUCUGGUUGGGAUGUCAAUCCUUGAACUGAAUGAGAAGAACCCUGAGAGUAUUAAGAAUGGUGUCCAACUACUGUCCAAAGCAUAUACGAUAGACUCUGGCAACCCUAUGGUGUUAAACCAUCUUGCUAAUCAUUUCUUCUAUAAGAAGGAUUAUCAAAAAGUGCAGCAUUUGGCGCUACAUGCCUUUCAUAAUACAGAGAAUGAAGGAAUGAGAGCAGAGAGUUGUUAUCAGCUUGCUCGGGCGUUCCAUGUCCAGGAGGAUUACGACCAAGCUUUCCAGUAUUAUUACCAAGCCACUCAAUUUGCCUCUUCCAACUUUAUCCUUCCUCAUUUUGGACUGGGGCAGAUGUAUGUGCACAGAGGUGAUACAGAAAAUGCAUCUAUGUGUUUUGAGAAAGUGAUUAAAGCUCAACCCAACAAUUAUGAGACCAUGAAGAUAUUAGGCUCGCUGUACUCCAACUCCCCUGACUUGGCCAAGAGAGAAAUUGCAAAGGGUCACAUGAAGAAAGUUACAGAGCAGUUCCCCGAUGACGUAGAAGCAUGGAUAGAGCUAGCUCAGAUAUUGGAGCAGUCUGAUAUACAGGGGGCACUAGGGGCAUAUGGUACGGCAACACGCAUCCUCAAAGAUAAGGUACACGCAGAUGUUCCGCCAGAGAUUCUCAAUAAUGUGGCAGCUUUACACUUCAGGAUGGGCAACUUUAAAGAAGCGAAGAAAUAUUACGAGCAGUCAUUAGAGAGAGCACGCAACGAGGCAGACCAUGACGAGACCUACUACAGUGCCAUCUCAGUGACGAUGACGUACAAUCUAGGACGUCUUUACGAGGCCCUCAAUGAGUAUGACAAGGCAGAGAAGCUCUACAAGAAUAUACUCAGAGAACAUCCCAAUUAUGUCGACUGUUACCUAAGGCUUGGGUGUAUGGCCAGGGAUCGUGGUCAGAUUUAUGAGGCUUCUGAUUGGUUCAAAGAAGUGUUACAGAUUAACCAAGACCACCCUGAUGCCUGGUCAUUGAUUGGAAACUUGCAUCUUGCAAAGCACGAGUGGGGGCCUGGCCAGAAAAAGUUUGAACGCAUCUUGCAGCAACCAAAGACUAAGGACGAUGCCUAUUCUAUGAUCGCAUUGGGAAAUGUCUGGCUACAGACACUUCAUCAGCCAAUGAGAGAUAAAGACAAGGAAAAGCGCCAUCAAGAUCGAGCCCUAGCCAUGUAUAAACAGGUCCUUCGUAAAGACCCCAGAAACAUCUGGGCGGCAAAUGGCAUCGGCUGCGUCCUCGCCCACAAGAACUGUAUCAAUGAGGCACGUGAUGUCUUCGCACAGGUGCGUGAAGUGACGGCAGAUUUCUGUGACGUUUGGCUGAAUAUUGCGCAUAUCUACGUAGAACAGAGACAAUUUGUAGCUGCAGUACAGAUGUAUGAGAAUUGUCUGAAGAAGUUCUUCAAGUUCCACAACACUGAGGUGAUGAUGUACUUAGCCAGGGCCUAUUAUAAAUGUGGCAAGUUGAAGGAAUGCAAGCAGACUCUUAUGAAGGCUCGUCACGUGUCUCCUGCGGAUACUGUACUGUUGUAUAACUUCUCCUUGGUGAUGCAGAAACUAGCGACAUCUAUACUUAAGGAUGAAAAGAGCAACUUGAAGACUGUGUUGUCAGCUGUACAUGAUCUGGAGCUGGCUCAUAGAUAUUUCACCUACCUGAGUCAAAAUGGAGAUCGUAUGAAGUUUGACCUGAAUCAAGCAUCUAUUGAAGCCAGACAAUGCUCUGACUUGUUGAGUCAGGCGCAAUACCAUGUAGCGCGGGCACGCAAGAUAGACGAAGAGGAACAAGAGAUCAAAAGACGUCAAGAGAAAGACAGGGAAGCUUUGCGAGCCAAACAAGAGGAGCAAUAUGCUGAGAAGAAGCUACAGAAAGAGGAACAAGACAAGAGACUACUGGAAGCGAGAGCGGAGUAUAUCUUGAAGACGACAAAGAUGAGGGAGCUUAUAUCUGAACCAAUGGCAGAGGAUAAACCUUCAAGGAAGUCAGGCGGCAGGAAGAAAAAAUAUGAUUCUGACUCCUUCUCUGGUAGUUCAAGUGGUAGCGAUGCUGCACCACGCAAGAAGAAAAGACGUGAUGCUAGUGGGUCUGGCGGAGAAAAUGAUGAAAACCGACCAAGAAAGAAAUCUAAGAAAAAGAGAAGGCCUCGUCGUGACCAUAGUGGCGGGGACAGUGAUGAUGAAGGUGGUAGAGGACGAGACCGCAAGAGGAAACAGCGCAAAAAGAAGGAAGGAAAAGAGGGAAAAAAGAAGAAACUGAAAGAGAAAUUUGUGGAGGACGAUGGCCUGAGUGCUAAGCAACGUCGUAAGAUUGUCUCUAAGGCCAUGAUCUCUAGCAGCGAGGGCUCAGACUCAGAGGGUGGCAGUAAGCUGAAGAUAGCAUCAGGUGAUGAGAGUGGCUCUGAAGAAGGUAUGGGAAAACGAAGACGUAUCCUGUCCUCUGGGAGUGAAAGCGGCUCCAAUAGAUCACGAUCAAGAUCUGGCUCACGAUCUGGAUCUGGGUCAAGGUCACGAUCAAGGUCAAAAUCUGGUUCUCGCUCUAGGUCUCGCUCCAGGUCAAAUUCUGGGUCUCGCUCUCGCUCCAGAUCAAAUUCUGGCUCAAGGUCAAGAUCGAGGUCAAAAUCUGGAUCUCGGUCAAGAUCUGGGUCACAAUCACGGUCGAGAUCUGGGUCAAGGAAAUCUCGAUCACGCAGUAGAAGUAGAUCAAGGGGAUCUGGCUCUGGAUCUGAACAUUCAAGGUCACGAUCAAGGUCACGUUCACCAUCAGGGUCAGAAGGUCAACAGUCUGGGGGCGAGGCAUCUGGCAAGGCAUCUGACGGUUGAGAAAUGUAACAUGAAUCAGGAUUUAAGAACUCUGAUUCUUGACUGACACUUGAGAUAUGGUUAACCAUCAAACGUUUAUGCAUGUCACCUUCAUGCAUGGUGUCACCUACAUGCAUGGUGUCACCUACAUGCAUGGAGUGAACAAACUCUUUGCUGCAACUCAUAAGACUUUAGACACAACAUAACAUUUGUGAUAUCACACUUUAUUGAAAUCUUUGAUGAUAUCUUAUGACUUAUAUUAUGAUUUUCGAGAGUAAAAUUAUAAAAAAUUUCCCCUCCAAAAUAUUGGAGAAAGUUCGGGAAGAUCUUAGAUAUAAUAUUUGAACCUGCUUUAAGAUUAUGAAAAAGGAGUACUUCUCUGCACUAUUGAAGAUAUCUUAAUUGUGCAACUGAUAUUUUGAAGCCUUGAUUAUACAAGUAUGUGUUGAAUUUCAAUAUUUUUGUAGAUUUUGUAACAACUUGCUUGAAAACAAAAUAAAUAUGUACAUAUAAAUAUUUAUUAUCUUGGUUUAUAAAUGGAGGCCGACAAGUUGAAAGAAGUUUAGAAAAAUGCCUCAAUUUUACCGUUUUUGUUGCUUUUAUGUUCUCUCUUAUUUUGAAAAAGUCCAACAAUUUUGACUAAAAAAAUUCUGGUGAAAAAUGCAAAAUUGAAAAAAUUGAAUGGGGACAUUGCUGUAUUUUACAUCUCUCCAAUAGCUUCUCUAUUUCAUCAGACAACUAGUACAUUUUAGAAAAAUAAAAUUAAGAUUAUGAAGAAACCUUUGGUAUUUUUAAGAUUUCUUCCAACCUUUUACAUAUCCUGUAUUUUCACGCCUUGUAAUGGAUACAAAAUUAGUAUCACACUGCGACUGACAUCACUGUGUCACACUUCAUUUUCUGAUUAAAAAUCAUUUGAACAUUCAUCUCUCAAAUAUGAAUAAAUAUUUUCUGUAUUUUGCUCCAAACUUAUAAUGUACUGUAGAACAAUUCUAUUUCAUUCUAUUGAGUUGAAUACCCUUUCACAAGUAAAAAUAUCCUAAAGCCCAAAAGGUAAGCACUGUAAAACCUGUGGAACACCUGUACCUUUAAAGAGUGUUCCACUUGGGAG